AUGGCCGACUCCGAAUUGCCCCACCGUCCCAAGCCCGAGGCUCCCCAAGAUGCCUCCGCUCCCGCCGCGGAAGGUGAGACCAAGAACGCCAGCAAGAACGCUCUGAAGAAGGCCGCCAAGGACAAGAUCAAGGCAGAGAAGGCUGCGGCGCGUGCUGCGCAAGAAAAGGCCCAGGCCGCCGCCCAGGAGGCCAACGACACCGCCAAGGAUCUAUACGGUGCUCUCCCAGAGGCCGAGAACGUCGUUCCGUCUACACGAUUCACAGAACUCUCAGAGGAACACUACGAGAAGGAAGUGACGGUUGUGGCGCGUGUCGAUAAUGCGCGUGUGCAGAGUGCCAAGCUUGCAUUCUUGAUGCUGCGCCAGCAGGGACAGAAGGUCCAGGCCGUCAUUGCGGCCACUGAGCCCAUCUCCCGACAGAUGAUCAAGUACACCGGCGGCUUGAACGUCAACUCGAUCGUGCAGGUCACCGGUACUGUGAAAAAGCCCGAGAUCCCCAUCUCGUCCGCCUCCAUCAGCCACCUCGAGAUCCACAUUACCAAGGUUUACAUGAUCUCCGAGGCUGCGCAGAUGCUCCCCAUGCAAGUCAAGGAUGCUGAGCGCCCACCCCCCGAGACCACUGAGGAAGGUCCCCAGGUUGACUCCGAGGGUACUCCCAUCGUCACCCUCAAGACCCGCCUCGACAACCGAGUCCUCGAUCUGCAGACCGAGACUAGCCAGGCCAUCACCUGGAUUUCCAGCGGUGUGUCCCAGCUCUUCGCUGAGUACAUGAUCAAGAGUGGCUCUCGAUGGAUCUCCACACCUAAGCUUGUCGGUGCUGCCACUGAAGGUGGUAGCGGUGUCUUCGAGGUGAAGUACUUCAAGCGCACUGCCUACUUGGCCCAGUCUCCCCAGCUCUACAAGCAGAUGUGUAUCGCUGGUGAUAUGGAGAACGUCUUUGAAAUCGCCCCCGUUUUCCGUGCGGAGGACAGCAACACCCACCGUCACUUGACCGAGUUCUCCGGUCUCGAUUUCGAAAAGACCUUCCGCGGUCACUACCACGAGGUCCUUGAAUUUGCCGAAGACCUCCUCGUCUUCAUCCUCACCCAGCUCAAGGAGCGCUACGCCUCCCAAAUCGCCACCAUCCAAAAGUCCUACCCCAAGGCCGGCGACUUCAAGCUCCCCAAGGACGGCAAGGCCCUGCGCAUGAACUACAUGGACGGAGUCGCCCUCCUGAAGGAAGCCGGCGUCGACGUCUCCGAGCAAGAGCGCUUCGAGAACGACUUCUCCACCGCAAUGGAGAAGCAGCUCGGCCAGAUCAUCCGCGACAAGUACGACACCGACUUCUACGUCCUCGACAAGUUCCCCAUGGCCGUCCGUCCUUUCUACACCAAGGCCGAUCCCAACGACAAGCGUUUCUCUAACUCGUACGAUUUCUUCAUGCGUGGUGAGGAGAUCAUGUCCGGUGCCCAGCGUAUCAACGAUAUCAAGGAGUUGGAGGAGUCUAUGCGUGCUAAGGGUCUUGAGCCUAACCAGGAAGGCUUCGAGGAUUACCUCAAUGCUUUCCGUCAGGGCUGUCCCCCUCACGCUGGUGGUGGUCUUGGUCUUAACCGUAUUGUUAUGUUCUUCCUUGGCUUGCCUAAUGUCCGUUUGGCUUCGCUGUUCCCCCGUGACCCUCAGCGUCUGCGUCCUUGA